ACUAUGUUCUAACAAUGUUGAUAGUUUCCUUAUUACUACCAUGUUUCAACAAACCUCUUUCUCUAUAAAUACAUGGUUUCUCCAAAGCCUCAAGGCAUCAAACAAGUCCUCUCUUUCUACUCUUCUUCUUCUUCUUCUUCUUCUUCUUCUUUAUUGAGCUGAAUUGCAGGUGAUCCAAUGAGAUUACAAGCCGGUGGCCCCUUCGGGGGUCAUCUAUUGCCGGCCAUUGCCGCAGCACUUGCCUUAUUCCUAGCUUCAAGCAAUGUAGCUAUUGCCUCAACAGAGCUACCAUACAUCUAUGCAUCACCACCACCUCCUUAUCUUUAUAAAUCUCCACCACCUCCUUCACCAUCUCCUCCACCACCCUACUAUUACAAAUCACCACCACCACCAUCACCAUCUCCUCCACCACCUUAUUACUAUAAAUCACCUCCCCCUCCCUCUCCAUCACCUCCACCUCCCUAUUACUACAAGUCUCCACCUCCUCCUGAUCCUUCACCACCGCCUCCAUACUAUUACAAAUCUCCUCCACCGCCGGAGAAGUCUCCACCACCUCCUUACUAUUAUAAAUCCCCUCCUCCGCCUUCACCUUCACCUCCACCUCCAUACUACUACAAGUCUCCACCUCCUCCUGAUCCUUCACCACCGCCUCCAUACUAUUACAAAUCUCCUCCACCGCCGGAGAAGUCUCCACCACCUCCUUACUAUUAUAAAUCCCCUCCUCCGCCUUCGCCUUCACCUCCUCCUCCAUAUUACUACAAGUCUCCACCUCCUCCUUCUCCUUCACCACCGCCUCCUUACUAUUACAAAUCUCCUCCACCGCCGAAGAAGUCUCCACCACCUCCUUACUAUUACAAAUCACCUCCUCCACCUUCACCUUCACCUCCUCCUCCAUAUUACUAUAAGUCUCCACCUCCUCCUGAUCCUUCACCUCCACCUCCCUACUAUUACAAAUCUCCUCCUCCACCGGAGAAGUCUCCACCACCUCCUUACUAUUAUAAGUCACCUCCUCCACCUUCACCUUCGCCUCCUCCUCCAUAUUAUUAUAAGUCUCCACCUCCUCCUUCUCCCUCACCUCCACCUCCAUACUAUUACAAAUCACCUCCACCACCUUCUCCUUCACCUCCACCACCGUACUACUACAAAUCUCCUCCGCCACCUUCACCAUCUCCUCCACCUCCCUACUACUAUACAUCUCCUCCACCACCUUACCAUUACUCACCAAUUGUUAAGGUGGUCGGUUCAGUCUAUUGCUACAAAUGCUACAACUGGAAAUACCCGGUUGAAUCUCACAUCAAGAAAUUAUUCAAAGGUGCUGUAGUGAAGGUGACAUGCACAGCUGGUCAUGAUGCAUACAUUGCUUAUGGAGUGACAAAGGGCUAUGGCAAAUACAGUGUGGCAAUCAAGGGCUAUCCUUACUGGAAAUAUGGAGCAGAGGGUUGCAAAGUUGAGCUCCAUGCAGCACCAAAGGGGUCUGUUUGCAAUAUCCCUACAAGCUUAAAUAUGGGUACCAAGCUCAGAGUUGUGUCCAAGACACAUGGUCAUGAUCAAAUUGUUCUAAAGGCUAAAUCCCUUGCAUAUGCACCAGAGAAACCAUAUGCCGAAUGUGAAAAGCCCAAACCUCCUGUUUAUCACUACACAUCUCCUCCUCCUCCGGUGGAGUCUCAUCCACCAGUAUAUUACUAUAAAUCCCCUCCACCACCAUCACCCUCUCCUCCACCUCCUUACUACUAUAAAUCUCCACCACCACCAUCGCCGUCUCCUCCACCUCCUUACUACUAUAAAUCUCCACCACCACCGUCGCCAUCUCCUCCACCUCCUUAUUACUAUAAAUCUCCACCACCACCAUCGCCAUCUCCUCCACCUCCUUAUUACUAUAAAUCUCCACCACCACCCUCACCGUCUCCACCUCCGCCUUACUACUACAAGUCUCCGCCACCACCAUCACCAUCUCCUCCACCUCCUUAUUACUAUAAAUCACCACCACCUCCAUCACCAUCUCCUCCACCUCCUUAUUACUAUAAAUCACCACCACCUCCAUCACCAUCUCCUCCUCCACCCUAUUUCUACAAAUCACCUCCUCCACCCUCACCAUCUCCUCCACCUCCAUACGUCUACAAAUCACCACCACCACCGUCGCCGUCUCCUCCGCCUCCUUACUACUACAAAUCACCACCACCUCCAUCACCUUCACCUCCACCUCCAUACCUCUACAAGUCCCCACCACCUCCAUCUCCAUCUCCUCCACCUCCGUACGUCUACAAGUCCCCACCACCUCCAUCACCUUCACCUCCACCACCCUACCUCUACAAAUCUCCUCCACCUCCAUCGCCAUCUCCUCCACCUCCGUAUGUCUACAAGUCACCACCACCACCAUCGCCUUCACCUCCACCACCCUACCUCUACAAAUCUCCUCCACCUCCAUCUCCAUCCCCACCUCCUCCCUACAUCUAUUCCUCCCCACCACCUCCCAUUCAUUAUUAAGAGUAAAAAGUUCGGCACUCUCAUCUCCUCCUCCAAAACCAGGCUUCCUGACUAACAGAAUAAAGAGAGUUUGGCAAAGCACAAGGCUGUUGUCUACAUGUCAUUAUCACAAUGAAUAUCAUACUUGGAUGAGAAACCUAAUCAAUAAUAUGCAUGCAAUUCUCAUAGCAUGCAUGUUGUGGAAGAAGUACUACUGCACUGAGCUUUGCCAAAGAUCUCCAAAUGAAAUAAAUGGGAGGAAGUGAAGGAGUCGGAUGGAACUUGGAUUCUUGUAUUCGUUGUGUGAAUUCAUGAAUUUUCUUCUUAUUUGUUUAUCAUAUUUUUCUAUGUGAAUGGCAUUUGUUUCAUUUAAGAUGUAAUAUUGGUGCACGCAUCCCAGUAAAUCAAUAAAUAACAUGAGUUUUAA